AUGGGCAACACUUUGGGAAACAUUCCCCUGUUGCUUCCUCAUCCUUUCCCAGGAAUCGUCUGCAACGUUGAGGCUCCAGAAAACCGUCAGGACCCCCCCGGGGACCAGCAGCUGGAGAACCUCAGUCGUGAGGAGCUGGUUAAUGUGCUGAGGGCAGCAGUGGUGGAUCAGAAAGGACCUCUAGUGAUGAACAAGCCACAGGGGCUGCCAGUGACAGGGAAACCUGGAGAUCUGACACUGUUUUCAGUGCUGCCAGAGCUGAACCAGUCCCUGGGGCUUGGGCAGCAGGAGCUCCAGAUUGUUCAAGCUCCUGGGAAGGAGAGCUUUGGACUUGCACCCCUCUCCAGUUGUCCCCAGAUGGCAGGCCGCCUCCAGAAGUUCUUUGCCUGCUCACGGAGAACCCAGCGACCCACAGCCAACUACUGUGCCAUCACUGAUGGGAUCCCAGCACCUUCCAAGGGGAAGAUCCAAGCAGCUCUGAAACUGGAACACAUUGACGGGGUCAAUCUUAUAGUUCCAGUGAAGCCCCCAUCCCGAAAGGACAUCCUGGAAGGUGUCAAGAGGACCCUUAGUGACUUCCGUGUGGUGGCCACGGGCUCUGGCUGUGCCCUGGUCCGCCUGCAACCACUUACAGUGCUCCCCAGUCAACUGUGGGUGCAUAUAGUCCUACAGCUCUGCCCUGUGCUCGGGGACCACACGUUCUCUGCCCGUGUGAGCGCUGUCCUGGGCCAGCGCUUUCUGCUGCCAGCUGACAGUGCCAAACCUCAAGGACAGGUCCUGGAUGAAGCUCUUCUCAGAUGCCUCCACCUGACCCCCUCCCAGGCUGCCCGGCUUCCCUUGCACCUCCACCUGCAUCAUCUCCUCCUCCCAGGGGCCAGGCUUAGGGAUGCCUCCAUUGAGCUUCAGGCUCCCCUGCUGCCUUAUUUCUCCAGAAGCUUACAGCUCCUGAGGCUCCACCAGCAAUAG